AUGAAGGAACAGAGUGAUGGGGAAUUAGGACUAAUGAAGCCCUGAGAGACCAACAGGAGGCCUACGCUCUCUUUCUUUGUCUCUCUCUCUCUCUCUUUUUCUAUUUGUCUCUUUUUCUCUGUUUGUGUCUUACUCUGUCUAUCUGUGUGUCAUUCUCCGUUGUCUCUUUAGUCCUCUCUUUUUCCUACUUCCUUUGCAUAUCAGGACGUGUGAAGAUGGAAUCUGUAUGCAAAUAUCAUAACGUGGACUGUGGGAGGGAGGGACAGCAAUUUAACUUGUCAAGUACUAGAACUGUAUAAAGAUGUUCAAGCCCACAUUCACGACCUUCAUCUUUGAAUUCCUUCUUUCCUUCCUCAUUUCCCCCAGCUCACCUGUGCAAUGGCAUGUUCCACCAGCACCUGCAAAACCUUUUCAUCCCACUGGUGGUGCGCUACAUCGACCUUAUGGAGUCCUCCAUCGCCCAGUCCAUCCACCGCGGCUUCGAGCAGGAAACCUGGCAGUCCGUCAAGUAAGGGCCCUUCCCCCAAGCAACCUACCCCUUCACGACUCUAAGCACCUAGAUCUGAAAUGACUGGAUAGGUGUAAGAAAUAUGGUAACAGCCCCACCUUGCACUCUGUUAUUGGAAUCUAAGGCGGCAAACCAUAAUGGUGAUACUGAAAAUGCCCCUGUUGUCAUUAGUUGCAUUCUGUUUUGCUAUUUAAAGCUACUUGCUCUAAGUCUAAGAGAUGGGCUUUUACACUUAAAACCCAAAAUAGUUAUUUUCAGCGGGUUCUCCUAUGGGGACAAUUGAAGAACCCUUUAUGGUUCUAAGUAACACCUUAUUUUCUAUGAGUAUAGGCUAGAUAACAUCCACCAACAAGGCAUAAAAUCAUGCUAUCACCAGAUGGAGGUGAAAAAUCAACACUCAACGGAAUCUCUCUGUUAUCUUUUGUCUCUGUCGUAUCUUUUUUUGUUGUUGUUUGGUUUGGUUUGCCAUUCAUUUCUUUUUAGGACAAUAACCAACAGCCUACCGAGCGUGCCUCUGCCCAAAGUCAAUCUCCCACAGAUGCCCAGCUUCUCAGCACCCUCCUGGAUGGGCCCACUGUGUGACAGCACGUGUGUAGGGGCUGCCACGAGACCUAGUGGGGCAAUGUGGCAUGGACUGUGCUGUGGUUGUCUUGCCAUUGUCAAACUUAUCCUAUUCAAGAAAACAAUUUUUAAUUAUGUUACUCCCCUUUGCCAAUUAUGUGCAAUUAAGUAUUGAACUAGUUUAAUGUAUUUUGUAGAACUGUGAAAGUUCUGAGAGAAACCAGGAGAAAAGAUCAGCUCGAAAAUGUGCUCUCACAUUUCAAUUUCAAAGUUAAUAGUAAAACCAGUUUUUGUUGUUUACUACUGAUGCUUUUAACUGUGCAACAUUUUCCUGGGACUGGUUGCCCCUUUUGAUGACCUCAAACUGAUACCUUCUGUAAUACCAAGAUAAAAGCAUGGUUGUUUUUGUUGUCUUGUGAGAAUUGUUGUGUUCUGUGGCACAUUGUUCCCCAGCAUGGUUAUUUUCUCUAUUGUGAAAUGUACGUUGUGGUCUUGGAGCCUGCCUCUUUGGUCAGGAGCGGUUUUGGAAUGUGUAUGACAUGUUUUUGUUCCCACAUCCCAUCAUAUAUUUCAGGUAUUUUUAUUUGUAUAAAUCUAAAUUUUAUUAUACAUGGAGAGUAUCAAAGAGAUACCUGUUUUUGCCUCCUAUAAUUAUGAUCUUAAGGUAUGCUAGUCAAUUCACAGCUCAACUAAGGACUGAAUUGUGGAAUAUAACAUGCCUAAUGAAUGUUGAAUGAGAAAUUAUAUUCUUAUUCUUAUUUAUUUUAGCUUGCAAGGAGUUAAUUUACCUGAUAUUUUGUAAGUAGGCUUAGCCAUUUUACGGAUUUAAGUGAAUAUGUUUUUCAAAACCUCAAUGCUUUCUUUGUGACUCUUAUGAGACUGUUUUUGGCACUUGUCAAACAUUUGUCAUAAUUGAGCAGACAUGAUCCCCCGCAAGCAAGAUCAUUAAGCGUAAUAUAGAUGGCCUACCAGGAGUCAUUUUCCUGUGUUUUUGGUUGUAAAACAACAUAUAGCAUUUGAUCAACUACUAGUGAGUGCAUCGCAGUGCUAACUGUGCCACUAGAGAUCCUGGUUCGAAUCCAGGCUCUGUCGCCGCCGGCCGCGACCGGGAGACUCAUGGGCGGCGCACAAUUGGCCCAGCGUCGUCCAGGGUAGGGGAGGGAAUGGCCGGCAGGGAUGUAGCUCAGUUGAUAGAUCAUGGCGUUUGCAACGCCAGGGUUGUGGGUUCGAUUCCCACGGGGGGCCAGUAUAAAAAAAAUAUGUAUUCACUAACUGUAAGUCGCUCUGGAUAAGAGCGUCUGCUAAAUGACUAAAAUGUCAAUGUAAAUGAGUAGUAUAGUCACUGGUAUGACCACCAGAUGAUAUUUGAGUGAACAGUGAAGACUCAACAACAUGGCUUCUGAGGGCCCCAUAGAAACAGUGGCAGUAAUGGGACCACCCGAGGGGCGCCCAUCUCCGGAGGGAGGCUGAGUUGUGAUGUUUGGGAAAGGCUUCUCACACACCCUCCAUGUCCUCCCUACGGGACGCCCCCACCUACCCACCACCCCUUUCUUGCUCGAGAUAAAAAAAAACCUGGCACUUCGUUAGUGAGCACAGACGGGCGUGGGGGAUUGUUCCAUUCCCCCGGGAGAGGGGACGCUCGGAGAAGAGAGCUGCUAAUUAGUCCUAAGAGGGGGAUAUGAGCGAGCAUUUAAUUGCAACACAGAUUAUGCCCAAACGAUUUAUUCCCGCGGACCACUUGUGAAGGUAACAGUCUUUUAAAGGCAAAGUGGGAAAAGUGAGGAUGUGAGUGCGCUUCACCCACCCCCCACUCUCUACCUCGCUCUCUCCGGUUCGCUGUACACUUGGAUGCUGGUUGCUGCCACCGGUUGCCAUGUGUUGCCGUGUAACCUCCGGUAGACACCGGGGAGAAGGUGGUGAUGGAGACCCAUCUGUCUGUGUGCUUAGAGUUUCCUUAGUCACAGUCAGUCUGACAGCGGGGUGUGUUAAGGAACUGUCGGGUGUGUUUUGUCAUUACGAGACAUGUUAACUAUCUUAGGAACAUGUUAUGCCUGCAGAAAGUAUUCAUAUCCCUUGACUUAUUCCACAUUUUGUUGUGUUACAGCCUGAAUUCAAAAUGGGUUAAAUCUUUUUUUUUUAUCUCACCCAUCUACACACAAUACCCCAUAAUGACAAAGUGAAAACAUGUUUUUAGACAUUUUUGUAAAUGUACAGAAAUACUGUAUCUCAUUUACAUAAGUAUUCACACCCCUGAGUCAAUACUUUGUAGAAGCACCUUUGGCAGCGAUUACAGCUGUGAGUCUUUCUGGGUAAGCCUCUAAGAGCUUUCCACACCUGGAUUGUGCAACAUUUGCCCAUUAUUAUUUUCAAAAUUCUUCAAACUCUGUCAAAUUGAUUGUUGAUUGUUGAUCAUUGCUAGACAACCAUUUUCAGCUCUUGAACCUUUCCUUUAAGUCAACACUGUAACUUUGCCACUCAGGAACAUUCACUGUCUUCUUGGUAUGCAACUCCAGUGUAGAUUUGGCCUUGUGUUUUAGGUUAUUGUCAUGCUGAAAGGUGAAUUCAUCUCCCAGUGUUUGGUGGAAAGCAGACUGAACCAGGUUUUCCUCUAGGAUUUUGCCUGUGCUUAGUUCCAUUCUAUUUCUUUUUUUUGCUGAAAAACUCCCCAGGCCUUAACGAUUACAAGCAUACACAUAACAUGAUGCAGCCACCACUAUGCUUGUAUUCAGGACAAAAAGUGAAUUGCUUUGCCACAUUUAUUGCAGUAUUACUUUAGUGCCUUGUUGCAAACAGGAUGCAUGUUUUGGAAUAUUUGUAUUCUGUACAGGCUUCCUUCUUUUCACUCUGUCAAUUAGGUUAGUAUUGUGGAGUAACUACAAUGUUGUUGAUCCAUCCUCAGUUUUCUCCUAUGACAGCCAUUAAACUCUGUAACUGUUUUAAAGUCACCAUUGGCCUCAUGUUGAAAUCCCUGAGUAGGUUUCCUUCCUCUCCGGCAACUCAAUUAGGAAGGAUCCUGUAUCUUUGUAGUGACUGGGUAUAUUGAUACACCAUCCAAAAUGUAAUUAAUAACUUCACCAUGCUCAAAGGGUUAUUCAAUGUCUGUUUUUUUUUUGCCAUCUACCAAUCGGUGCCCUUCUUUGCGAAGCAUUGGAAAACCUCCCUGGUCUUUGUGAUUUAACCUGUGUUUAAAAUUCACUGCUCGACUGAAGGACCUUACAGGUAAUUGUAUGUGAGGGGUACAGAGAUGAGGUAGUCAUUAAAAAAGCAUGUUAAACACUAUUAUUGCACACAGAGUGAGUCCAUCCAACUUAUCUGACUUGUUAAGCAAAUGUUUACUCCUGAACUUAUUUAGGCUUGCCAUAAUAAAGGGGUUGAAUACUUAUUGACUCAAGACAUUUCAGUUUUUCAUUUUUUAAUUAAUUUGUAAAAAUUUCUAAAAACAUAAUUCCACUUUGACAUUAUGGGGUAUUGUGUGUAGGCCAGUGACAACAAAUAUACAUUUAAUCAAUUUUAAAUUCAGGCUGUAACACAAAAUGUGGAAAAAGUCAAGGAUGUAAAUCCUUUCUGAAGGCACUGUACCUGUGACAUGUUAACUGUGGACCAUGUUAAUUGUUGAAUGUGUUCAGGUACUGAGCAGUAAUACAAGAAAACAUCAGCACUUCACUUAAAGGAAUACUUCAGGAUUUUGACAAUGAAGCCCUUUAUCUACUAACCCAGAGUCAGAUGAACUCAUGGAUACUAUUUGUAUGUCUCUGCGUGCAGUUUGAAGGAAGUUGCUUACUAGCGUUAGCGCAAUUGCUAACUAACGUGGUAACUGCUAGUAUGCUAGUAGAUACUCUAGACUUCCAGUCAUUGCGCUAAGGCUAGUUAGCAUUGGCUCGUGAAACUAACUCUAACUUCCUUCAUACAGAGACAUAAAAAUGGUAUCCAUGACUUCAUCGGACUCUAGGGUAGUAGAUAAAGGACUUCAUUGCCAAAAUCCUGAAGUAUCCCUUUAAAGCCCUCUUACACAAAGCCCCGGACUAAGUGUAACUCCGUCUUACAUUUACAUUUACAUUUUAGUCAUUUAGCAGACGCUCUUAUCCAGAGCGACUUACAUGAGCAAUUAGGGUUAAGUGCCUUGCUUAAGGGCACAUCGACAGAUUUUUCACCUUCAUUUGUUAAUGUUUAUUGACAACUGACAGAACAUUGCCAUUUCAAUUUAAGUGUUUACCUAUUUCUUCAUGCAUCCAGACAUGCAGUGGUGGAAAAAGUACCCAAUUGUCAUACUUCAGUAAAAGUAAAGAUGCCUUAAUAGAAAAUGAAAGUCACCCCGUAAAAUACUACUUAAAAGUCUAAAAGUAUUUGGUUUUAAAUAUACUUAAGUAUCAAAUGUAAAUGUAAUUGCUAAAAUAUACUAAAGUAUCAAAAGUAAAAGUAUAAAUAGUUUCCAAUUCCUUAUAUAAAGCAAACCAGUAAAAUGUGUUGUUUUGUUUUUAUUUACAGAUAGCCAACACUCAGACAUAACACAAAUGCUUCAUUUGUAAAUUUAGUAAGUCCACCAGAUCAGAGGCAGUAGGGAUGACCAGGGGCGUUCUCUUGAUAAGUGUGUGAAUUGGACCAUUUUCCUGUCCUGCUAAGCAUUCAAAAUGUAUUAAGUACUUUUGUGUGUCAGGGAAAAUGUAUGGAGUAAAAAGUACACUAUUUUCUUUACGAAUAUAGUGAAGAAAAGUAAAAGUUGUCAAAAUUAUAAAUAGUAAAGUAAAGUACAGAUACCGCAAAAAAAUACUUAAGUAGUCAUUUAAAGUAUUUUUACUUAAGUACUUUACACCACUGCUGACAUUCCAUUCUAAGUGCUAUAUGCCAUUCUAAGGACUGUGUUAUUCACUCCUUUAUAUCUGGAGGCUGAACACCAAUUUAGGGAAAAUUGUGUAGAGGAGUAAUUAAAGCUGUGAAUAGAUCACAGUUUGUGUCUGUGAAUACACACUGCAGCUCUUUUUAAGUGUGUGUGUGUGCAUGCAUUAUUAUUAUUUAUUCUCCCAUGUAUUCCAUGUCUGAGAAGAGGACAAAGUACUUCUACUCUGAUUUUGUUAUUUUGGCUUCUUCCCACUCCAACCCCUAGUAACGGCUCGGUGACCUCCGAGGACCUCUUCUGGAAGUUGGACGCCCUCCAGAUGUUUGUCCUAGACCUGCACUGGCCCGAGCCUGAGUUUGCCAAACAUCUGGAGCAGAGGCUGAAGCUCAUGGCCAGCGACAUGAUGGAGGCCUUCGUCAAAAGGUCAGAGGGCAGGAGGAGGUCACCACCUGGGAUGGGUUGGGGGUCAGCGUUUACCCACCAAGUUUUUUGCCACUGCAUUCCUGGUUUAUAAUUGAGAUAUUACUGAGGAUAAUGAGAAUAAGGUUAGUCAGGGGCGGACUGGGACCAGAAAUCCACCCUGGCAUUUCUAACACACCGGCCCAUUUUUUUCCUUGAGGCCCCCACACCGGCCCAUUUUUUUUCCCUGGAGGCCCCACACCGGCCCAGAUAAUGACCAUUUUGCGCAGGAAAAAAAACUAGUUAGACAGGCCCACAGCGCUAAAAAUGGAGCAAAAUGCCAGAUGGCCAGUCUGCCCCUGAAGUUAGUAAUGCGGUUCUGAACAGUGUUUUCCAUAGCCCCCUAGGAAUGAGCCAUAUCAUAAAACCUUUCAAUUAUCUUUUUUACCCAAAGGACGAAAGUGGCCUUCGACUCCAAGAUGCAGAAGGCCAGCAAGUCAACGGACUUCCGGGUGUCGCUGUCGGUGUACACCAUGUUCAACGUGCUCAUGGACGCCAAGAAGCAGUGCUCCAAACUCUGUGUGCUGGACUCUGGUCUAGAGGUACGACCGCAUUCAAUUGCUAUUCUCUGUUCUUUGACCACACAAACUGUCCACACAUUUCCAUCGAUGCAUGCAAAACCACCACAAACCCUACUAACGUCAAACCAGGUUGUUUCGGUAGUCAACUAUUGAGUGUAGAAAACAAUGGAUAUACUGUAGUUAAAAUAAUGUUUUUUAAACUCUACAUGCCUUCAUCAGUUAUAAGUACACUGAACCACCACAACAACAGUAGCAAAUAUUGUUCCCUACCUUGCCUGGGUUUCCCUCAAGAGCUCAGUAACUAAUGUUUCCCUUUGUCUGUGGCAGAUUCAGUAAUAUUACCUUGACUGCCUCGCAGCCAAAACAUUCAUUGCGAUGGGCACAUUCAUAUCACGUCCAGAUCAGUGGUGACAUGCAGCAGCUGCUCUAAAUCGAUGCGUCUGAUUGAGCGCUCAAUCUCUCCAUUACAGCAUUUCACGGCGCUAAAGGCUAACCCUCCGCUACCCAGCUACCAUUUACACAGUGUCUCUACAGAGCGCUAA